AAAGUCACAACAAAAGAGUGAAUCACCUCGAAGCGAGAGCACUAAUUUUGGAUUGAAGAUAAAAUACGCGAUAGCGAACAUUCCUCUGCAGUGUAGCCGUAGCCGUUUAUGUUUUGUGGAAAAUAAAUAUGCCGAGAGCUAGAAGUGUAUCGGGAAGAAAGAAACAUUGUUCGAUUGGACUAGCUAUUGUGCUAAUAGUUCUAGUGAAAACCUUCGACGAAUCUGUCGCAGCUGCGGUACUCAGUGAGGGCGAUGAAAAAAAAGGUUCUGUAACCAGAGACGAAAGUGAUUCGCUAGUGGACAUAGAUAACCUGCUACCAUAUCAGCAUUUACUAGCGAUUUCCUACCAGCAGCAGGACGGGAGGUGGAGCAGUUUGACCCGAUUUCAAUUGAAAAGUGACGAAGAGCUGCUGGUAAAGAUAGUGUCGCAUGAACAAGACUGCUGGAAGCAGAUCACACACUAUAACGAUGGAAGGGCUCGUAUCGUCGAUCGAAACGAUACGCAUUUGCUGGUGUCGGUAGAAUUUUUCGCUCAUCAGCAGAAUUGGCUGAACGUUGGAAUUGAUGAAGGAUCAUCGAUAGCUGGUGUGUGUAUUGCUGAUGCAAAGCAAAACAAUUUAUUUUAUUCGCCUCUGUCGUCUUUGAUAGUGGCUGAUGGGAAUGGUGCGGGUGGUAUGCGACAAGGUGGGUCCAGUGAUCGUCGUCUAGCGCGCAGUAUUGAUGGAAGGAAACGAGAAAAUCAACUCCCAAGCGGUGGAUCGUUUGGUAAAAAUUUGGUAAUAUUUGGCUUUCGUGUCGAGCAUGCAGAUAAGGAGCCGACAUUUGACGACGAUGCUGUUCCUUCUGUUUUAAGCCAUUCAACCGUCACAUUGCGCCUGUUUGGGCAAGGGUUAAGUGAAGAGACGGUGGUGGUUUUCACUCAGGAGCCCAAUGUUUUUGGCGGAUCUUGUUUGGUGCCAGUAACCAGAAUUUUUCAUGUAGUACCUGGAUCGGCCUUUGAUAAUACAGCGUUGAUUAAAGUUGAGUUUCCGUUGCCCAUCGAAGGAAAUUAUUUUUACAUUUGCGCUAAAUAUGACUCGAACACUAGAGACGACAGGCAGCAGUCAGCUCAAAUGGUUGAACCGUUCAUUCAUCAAGGUCAAGAUCCAUGGAUGCGUAUAACAAGUUAUGAACCUUAUCUGCCCUUGUGGGCCUCGCUUAUAAUCAUUGGAACUUGUCUAAUGUUUUCGGCUUUAUUCUCUGGAUUGAAUCUCGGUCUUAUGUCAUUGGAUCGUACCGAUCUGAAAAUUUUAUGCAACACUGGCACGGAAGAGGAAAAGCGCUAUGCAAGAGCUAUUCAACCAGUUCGCGAUCAUGGAAACUUCCUACUGUGUAGUAUUCUACUAGGUAAUGUCCUAGUAAAUUCCACAUUCACUAUAUUGCUGGACAGUUUAACUUCUGGGCUUGUCGCGGUCCUUUGUUCUACGAUUGCUAUCGUAAUUUUUGGCGAGAUAACACCGCAAGCAAUUUGCUCAAGACAUGGACUGGCCGUCGGAGCGAAAACUAUUCUUAUCACUAAGGCUGUGAUGGUGAUAACAGCGCCGUUAGCUUAUCCAACUUCGAAGGUGCUUGAUUAUAUCCUAGGUGAGGAAAUCGGCAACUUUUACAAUCGCGAGCGCCUAAAAGAGUUGGUCAAAGUGACCACCGAUAUCAACGACCUAGACAAAGACGAGGUCAACGUGAUUUCUGGAGUGCUUGAGCUGCGCAAGAAAACUGUUGAGGAUGUAAUGACACGUAUUGAGGAUGCUUUUAUGUUAUCGUUGGAUGCAGUGCUAGAUUUUGAAACCAUCACCGAAAUUAUGAAAUCAGGUUUCUCUCGUAUUCCAGUCUACGAAGGCGAACGCAAGAAUAUUGUAACGCUGCUUUACAUAAAAGAUCUCGCUUUUGUCGACCCGGACGAUAAUACACAACUUAAGACGCUGUGUGAGUUCUAUCAGAAUCCGUGCCAUUUCGUAUUCGAAGAUGUAACUCUUGAUGUGAUGUUUAAACAGUUUAAGGAGGGACACAAAGGUCACAUGGCCUUUGUACAUCAGGUCAACAACGAAGGCGAAGGGGAUCCAUUUUACGAAACUAUCGGUUUGGUAACGCUAGAGGAUGUCAUCGAGGAAUUGAUCCAGGCGGAAAUCAUGGACGAAACCGAUGUAUUCACCGACAACCGUCGAAAGGUGCGUCGUGAUCGAGCCAAAUGUCAAGAUUUCGCCGUAUUUUCUCAGGGGCGUGAUGGGACUUCGCAACGACUGCGCAUUUCACCGCAGUUAACACUGGCAACAUUCCAAUAUCUUAGUACUUCUGUAGAUGCGUUUAAAGCCGAUAUGGUAUCGGAAACUAUUCUCCGUCGAUUACUUAAUCAGGAUAUUGUUCAUCAUGUUAAGCAAAAGGGUAAAGACAAGAAUGACCCCAGCAUGUUUAUUAUAACUCGUGGCAAACCAGCGGACUUUUUCGUACUUAUUCUUGAAGGACGUGUAGAAGUAACGGUGGGCAGAGAAAAUUUGGUCUUCGAAAGCGGCCCUUUUACUUAUUUUGGUACACAGGCUUUGACGCAAAACGUAGGCGUUGAUGUGCCGGUGGAUUCAUCGCAGCAGAUUAUGGGAUCACUACAAUCAUUGAAUAUGGACGCUAUGCUGCGUCACAUUUUCCUGCCCGAUUAUACAGUCAAAGCCGUGACUGAGGUGGUAUACAUUCAGAUCAAGCGCAACUUGUACUUAGCUGCUAAGCGGGCCACGCUGAUGGAACGUUCGCAACGCUUAGGGGAUCACUCGUUGGAGCCGAUCGACGACGAGGUGGAAAAGUUGCUGCAUUCGUUGGAUGAGGAUGAUCGCAGCGUCGGAGCGGAUACUGCGAAUCUGCAAACACCGAAGGCCAGCAAACCAACGAGCAACGCGCCGUCGCCAACAUUCAUGACCUCCGAUCGGCCUAUUCCAGACCAAAACAAUGGACCAGUAUCAAAUGCUGCGCAAAUGGGGCUCGGUGCUCUGAACAUGCGCAGCAACAGCUUAGCUGUUACCUCUCAGCGUACGUUUGAUGAAGCGGAAAAACCGCUGCUAACCCGUUCUAAAUCAUAAUCGCUAAUCCUGCUGUUUUUUUGCAACAUAAGUUUAAAAGUAAUGUUUGUAGUCCUGGUUGUAGUCAAAGAAAAUACUAUUAUUACUAGCAAAGAAAACAAAUCAAAUCAAAGCUAUCAUGUAAGUGGCAUGUACUUCCUAACGUUUUAUUUUUCUUUCAAAAAAGAAUACACUGAAAUGAUACUAGUAAGUAAGCGAAAUUUUUCUCCCUUCUUCCUAUUGGACGCCUUCCGAUCCGCCCACGUUAAGGUGCGGAAAUAGUGUUCGGGUCGUUGACGAACUCGAAGAUCACUCGAGUAAAUUGAUAUCACUUUCUACCAUCGAGAUUUUAGUUAAAUGUAUUAUCACCACUAGGUUAGUACACAAAUUAAGUUCCUUUAGAGAGAAAAUAAAAACUGUUGCAUUAUGAACAAACCAGAAUUUGUAGUUGAUAACAAAACGAUAUAAAAUUAGUUACGAUGUGUGUCCACACAAAAACUCCUGCAUUUCACAACCACAAAACCAAAAUGAAACUG